CCUCAACGGCGGUUUGUGCAUCUGAGCCACCAAGCGCCCCCUAUAGGAGAUAAUAGUUAACAUCUCAUAAUAACAGCUGAAGGUGGGGCGAACUGCGAGUUUCGCUGUGAAUAUUCAAAGCCGCCAGUCGCCCGUGACGCUCUUCAUGUGCUCGUUUCGGGUAGUUUUACAUUUUUUUUUCUAUCAUUCAGCGUCUCAAUACAAAUAAGCAGCAGAGACGAAUGUUUUCACACUGACUGACUGUCUGAGAGAAACUGCAGCGCGGACUUCACAGCGUGUUUCAUAAUUGUAGGUGCUGAAAUCAAACCUGCCAGUGAAUCCACACGCUGUAUUUUGUCAUACGGAGAAACCAGCAGGAUCCUUGCCAGGGAAAGAUAUCGGCUAUCAGCUGCCAUUAAUAGAGCCCCAUUAUUUGAAGACCACCCAGCCUGAAGACUAUUUCUCCUUCAUCUGCAGUGUUGCCAGAAUGUGAGACAGGAUGCAUACCAGUUUUAAGGACUCUGAUCAAAGCAUGCACUGAUCCGAGACGCUGGGCAAAAACAGGUAUCCAUGAAGACACACCGGGCAGGGGAUGGAAGUAGCAGAUCACUGCGGUAUACCUUACACACGAUGGCUGUGGUGGAUAUCUGAAUAAACCCUGAAAAGUGCUCCUGUUCGGCCUCUCAGUCUCUCCCCUCCAGCAUGGGCUGUGUUGUGGAUUUACCUUGGCGAGGGAUGUGGAUUCUUUCGGUGGUUUCUCUGUUGUCUGGCAGUAUGGCCAUUCACAUGGACUCGGUGGGCAGUCACAGCUUGUUCACCUGCGAGUCGAUCGGACUGCGGAUGUGCCAGGAUCUGCCCUACAAUAACACCUUCAUGCCAAACCUCCUCAACCACUAUGACCAGCAGACCGCCGCUCUGGCCAUGGAGCCCUUUCACCCCAUGGUGAACCUGCAGUGCUCUCCAGACCUCAGGCCGUUCCUGUGUGCGCUUUAUGCCCCGGUGUGUAUGGAGUACGGACGUGUAUCUCUGCCCUGCCGGAGCCUCUGUCACCACGCCAAGAGAGACUGCCAGAAGCUCAUGGAUAUGUUUGGGGUGACCUGGCCAGAGGAGAUGGAGUGCACCAGGUUCCCCGACUGUGAUGAGUCUUACCCUCGCGCUGAGGAUCUCCUGGUGAUUGAUGACCCCACUGACCAAUCCCCCAUGUCUGUCCAGCGAGACUAUGGUUUCUGGUGUCCCCGCGAACUCAAAAUGGAACCCGACCUCGGCUACACGUUUCUCGGCGUCCGCGACUGCUCUCCUCCCUGUCCCAACAUGUACUUCCGGCGCGAGGAGCUGACCUUCGCCCGCUACUUCAUCGGUGUGGUGUCAAUUGUCUGCCUGUCUGCCACGCUCUUCACCUUUCUCACCUUCCUCAUCGAUGUCACACGCUUUCGCUACCCGGAGCGGCCAAUCAUCUUCUACGCCGUCUGCUACAUGAUGGUUUCCCUGGUGUUUUUUCUCGGCUUUCUAUUGGAGGAUCGCGUGGCUUGCAAUUCCGCCAAUCCCGGACAAUACAAAACAUCCACUGUGACUCAAGGCUCGCAUAAUAAGGCCUGCACGCUGCUUUUCAUGGUGUUGUACUUCUUUACGAUGGCCGGAAGUGUGUGGUGGGUCAUUCUCACCAUCACUUGGUUUUUAGCGGCAGUUCCCAAAUGGGGCAGUGAAGCCAUCGAGAAGAAGGCUUUGCUUUUUCAUGCUAGUGCAUGGGGAAUUCCGGGCAUGCUAACCAUCGCGCUGCUGGCUCUGAAUAAAAUCGAGGGCGAUAACAUCAGUGGUGUGUGUUUUGUGGGUGUGUAUGACGUUCAGACGCUGCGCUGGUUUGUUCUGGCUCCGCUGUGUUUGGAUGUGCUGGUCGGGGUGUCUCUGCUUCUGGCCGGGAUCGUGGCGCUCAACAGAGUCCGCAUGGAGAUUCCUUUGGAGAAGGAGAACCAGGAGAAGCUGGUGAAGUUCAUGAUUCGGAUCGGUGUGUUCUCCGUGUUGUAUCUGGUGCCUCUGCUGACCGUGGUGGGGUGUUACCUGUAUGAACAGACGUACCGCUCUGUUUGGGAGACCACGUGGGUGCAGGAGCGCUGCAGAGAGUACCAUAUACCCUGCCCGUUCAAGGUGGAGCAGACCAGCAGGCCUGAUCUUGUGCUAUUCCUCAUCAAGUAUCUGAUGGUGUUGGUGGUGGGCAUCCCGUCAGUCUUCUGGGUGGGCAGUAAGAAGACCUGCUUCGAGUGGGCCGGUUUCUUCCACGGCCGCAGACGCAAAGACAGCGGUGCCGUGCACGAGAGCCGGCAGGUUCUGCAGGAUCCCGACUUCGCUCAGUCUCUCCUGCGGGACCCCAACACCCCCAUCGUCCGCAAGUCUCGCGGGACGUCCACCCAGGGCACCUCCACACACGCCUCCUCCACACACCUCGCCAUGCUGGACGACGUGCGCAGUAAAGCCAGCAGCGUUCACAGCAAGAGCAGCUUCCACAGCAGCCUGCAGCGCUCCAGAGACGAGAGGUUCACCUCAUCCACCCACAGAGGCCUGGAGGAGCGUCCGGCGUACGGGAGUCUGCCCAGACUCACCGAUCAGCAGCCGUCCCGCCACAGCAGCACUCCAGAGCUGAGCCACACGCCAGCCGUCAGCGAGAGCCAACAGGAGGAGCAGGAGCAGCCGGAGAACGGGACCAGUGCGUAACACACACACCUGCGGCUCACACUUUUAACAGCAGAGGAGAAAUUUUUGCAGGAGUAGAAAACAUGUCUUUCAGGAACAUCAGUAAAAUCGUAGACUUUUAACCGGUCAG